GGGCAUUGUGUUUUCCCCUGGAGCUCGGCCUCUCUGGCAUUAGCAGACCUAUCUGGCUCUUUAAGGAAGCUUGAACAAACAAGAGCACAUUAACUGCACGACCCACUUCACAGUAUCUAUGUGCUACAGCACAGCGUCUACCACCUCUUUAACAGAGGUAGGGUUAGUUCUGGUGUGUCCUAGGUUAACCAUUAAACUUAAGACAGUGAAGUUCUUCUGCUGACCUCCUCAAAUCACUGGACGCUGGGAGUUUAAGUCGAGCUUUUGCAGCCUGAGUUUAUUUAGCUUCUUCUUCUCUGGAAAAAUGUUGGAAAAGAUCUUCCUCCUGCUCUGUUUGGCACCUGCUUUGCCAGCACAAUUGUGUGGACCAAAUGCUCCAGAUGCCUACAAAGUUCGACUCAGCAUCAAAACUGCUCUCGGAAAAGAAGCUUAUGAGUGGGAUGAUAGUGAAAGGUUCUUUUUCCGAGCAAGUCUGGCUUACGCCAUGAGGAAUCACAUCCAAGGACAAAACUUUAGUGUGUCAAACAUCAUCGUGUGUGAUGAGACUCCAAGAGUGUCCUUUUGGUUCGUGGUAAUGUCACCAGUCGACAUGUCACUCAUUGAGAGAGGAGAGGUGGAGGAGGCCGUGAGAAAAUCUCGGAAUCGGAUCAACAGUGCCUUCCUGCUCUCUGACGAAACUCUGGAGUUUAUCGGCAUCCUUCCCACCCUGGCAGCCCCAGCUGUCCCUGACACCCCUCCAUGGCUCAUAGUGUUUGGAUUGGUGAUGGGUGUGAUCGUUGCCGGCUUCGUGGUUCUGCUCAUGUCCUCUGUGCUCCAGAAGAAACGGAAGAAGAAUAACGUAAUAGAUGAGGAAGAGAAUGAUGAAGAGAGACGGGUGAAAACAGCUGAAAAUGGCUCAGUCAAUGAGGGUGUUUGCAACACUGCUUUUACAGAAGAUGAAGGGUUCACGCAGAUGUAAAUCUAAGAAAAGUCUUCCGUGUAAGCAAUAAGUUAAAAAUUGCUAUGAAGCUGCUCUGUGUGGAGGUUGUUGCUCUUUAAUAUUAUUAGAAAUGUGCAAAAAUUAAUUUUGGUAUUGAUUUUGAAUAAUUUUCAUUGAUGUUGUCUGUAAAACAUUUAUGCACUGUCAUUACUACUUGAUGAAGAAACAAAUGCUGCAGUUUCUAAAUAUUAAUUAUUUAAUUUAUUGAAUAAAUGUUUGGGGUUGGAAAGGAUUUGUGUGCAGAUAUAUCACCACUAUAUAUGAUCUUUAAAAGAAAUCUGGUGACUACCAAACAUUUCUGCCAUGAUAGUGCAAACGUGUCUGAAAUGGAGUCAAACUGUGGUCAGUUUAAACUUUUAUAUUGUUGACUAACUCCAUGCUGCCUCCUACUGAUCUCAAGAGAUAAAGUAACAUAUCUUCUUUCUUUUUGAUGCUCUGAUGCUCCAAUUGUUUUUUAUUGAAUUCUGAACUGGCCUGCCUGUAGUCCAGUUCAGCAUCUGGACUUCUCUGCUGUGAAGCCAUGCUGAUGUGAUAGAUGCAGUAUGUGGUUUAGCAUUGUCUUGCUGAAAUCUGCAAGGCCUUCCCUGAAAGAGGCAAUGGUUGGGUGGGAGCAGAUGUUGCUCCUGUGCCUUUCCACAUGUGCAUGUUUCCUGUUCCAAUGAACACAAAUGCAUCCUCAUACAAUCCGAGAUGCAGGAUGUUGAACUGAGAACUGACAACAAGUCAGAUGGUCCCCCUCUGUAGUCUACUCUAGAAGAUGCAACAUGGUGAAAGAUGAAACAAGGUUUCCAAUAAGAAUUUUUAAAUUGAAAUUUUCCGAUCACAUAAGUUUCCACUUUGCCUCAAUAUAUUUUAAAUCAGUGUUGGACCAGAGAGGAUGGAGGUGUUUCUGGGUCAUAUUCAGAUGUCAUCUUCUUCACAUGGAAGAGCUUUAACCUGCAUUUGUGGAGCAAACUGUUCACAGACAGUGAUUUCUGGAAGGUUCCGGAGACCAUGCAGUGAUUUAAGUGACACAAUCAGGUCUGUUUAAAGCAGUGCUUUAAACAGACCACAGACAUCAAAUAUCUAUUUUCAACCUUCUCCCAUUUGCAUAGAGAUGCCUCUGGAUUCUUGGACUUCACAAGUCUUCAUGAUUUUAUAUUGAAGAACAUUAUUUCUGCAAUUUGUUGAGUUUUCAGCAGAUUGCUGAACCUAUAUCAUUUUUACUUCUGAGACUCUGCCUCUCUAAGGUGCUCCUUAUAUACUCAUGCUAGUUGCAAGAUGUUCCUCCAGCUGUUUCUUUUCAGUUCCAGACUGAUUCAUGUAUUUACUCACUGCUCCAACCUUCUUUUUGGAAUUGGGUUUGUAUGAGUAAGUUAAUUAGUAGCUUUGAUCAACAUCUCUGUUGUUUCUAGAUGCAGAAUUGACUGAAGGAAAAUUAACCCUAUUCAAAUAAAAGCAAUCUAAACCCUG